AUGACAGAGAUAGAUAAGAUAUUUGGGGUGACUUUAGAAGUCGGAAAGUGUCUCGGUUUCAAAGAAGAAGAAAGAUAUAAAUAUCUAUCUUUUGUUUUUCGCUCGAUGUCUUUGAUGACAUUGUUCAUCAAUAGAAUGCUCUCUCCACAUCGUUAUGUUUCACAUAUUUAUAAGAACAGAGACCAUAUAGGAAAUGAAACGACUGUCUACACUGAUAUCACUGCUGUUCAUACUGCUAGUGAGUGGAUAUUUACAUUGACAUAUAAGAAAUUGAAUGUAUUGGGUACAGACCUAGAUAUUGGAUAUAUUAAUGUAGAGACUGAUAGACCAAUAUUUUCACACAUGGAUGUUGUGUGUCCCAACUUCACAUGUCCAAAUGUCGUUCAACCAGGUGGCAUCGAUUGCACAUGUGAUUAUAGUGAUCCUCUAGAUUGCCCAAAAUCACCAUCGGGCAGCUCUUGUCCUCCAUGUCCACUCACUCAAAUACUUCAAAAUGGAACUAUCACCACUGAAUGCAACCCUGGUUACAACUGGACCACUGUUACAAUUGGCAAGGAAUACUAUUUCGAAUCGACUGGAUCCAUUAUCUAUUUACGUCUCAAGGCCAAUGCAUCGAUUUGUCAAGGACUUCGGUUCUACGCUUCUCAGAAACUUGGUAAUAUCAGAUUAUAUGUAAACGACAAUGCAACCAACGCAAAUCGUAAUGUUUAUAGCAAUGCUUUACAUCUUGGUCUAUGUCCAAGUGAUAUUGGAUUAAGUCGUGGUGUGUGGACCAACAAUACUUAUUUCGUUUCAAUCAAACCUGAAUCUGACAAGGUUGCAUUUUCAUUUAUUGCCUACUCGGCAGAGGUACCAAAACAAGUGACCCAGCCACCAUGUCCCAAUACAUCCAUGAACCAUACUUGUCUUCCCAAUGGAGGAUCCAUUCAAAGCAAUGCUGUCCAACAGUACUACUAUAUGCCCAUUAAUCGUACGACCAAGGUGGCUAUGAGAUGCCCUCUUUUAAAUGAAAACAUUCAAGUUUUUGCAUCUCCAAAUGUCUUUUACCCCUCUGCUUCAGCUUAUGGUUGGUCUGUUUACAAUUUUGGCGGUGAUGCAUACCUUAGUAUGACAACAAGCUCAACAAUCUUUGUUGGUAUUUUGAAUUUCUUUAAGGCCAACUAUACGUGCACAUUUACAACUCACACUGUACCCAUCCUCCGUCCAAUCACUCAAAACUUUCCACUGGGAGCUUCCUAUUUAUUUUAUGGAACCUCUGCUCUAAAGAUAAAGGGAGAGAUUUUCAUAUCAUCCUUUUACUUUUUCAACUUUCCUCGACAAUCCCAAAACCCACUUUGGCCAAUCCCCAGAUCACUCAAAGAGGAAGACAAGCACAUUAGCUUUUUCGAAAACAUCGACUAUGACCAAUUCGCAUUUGACAACCCUCCCAAACCAAAUAGCUUCCAGUCAGCUAUUAUCAUCAAAAAGGGGUCUCAAGUCUACCUGCCAUUACAAUCUUUAUUAUCGGCACAACUCGUACUACUCGGUUACUUGGUCGACAGUGACGGUAACCCAUUGUUGAACGAGGCACUUGACUUGAAUGUCACAACACCAGAAUGUGAAUACUCUGAAUUGGAUUCAAUCAAGAUUCAAUUAGAUCAACUUGAAAGUCAACUAUUCACAGCAUCUGGAUUCCAAGAAGUAUCAAAUAUUCGAUUUGCAAUUGAUAUAUUGACGGCUGAAGACACCUGGGUUGGAUGUCAGGCAUUAGCAGAUAGUCUUUUGGAAACCAACACUGUCAAUAUCACUGCAAAUGCAACUAAAUGUCAAUAUUCAUCGUUGGAUAAUCGAUACUACACUGAUCCUUGCUGUAGUCCAGAACAAAAUUAUUUCCAAUGUUGUAUUCCACAUUUACAAGAGAUACCACAAACCACUUAUUCGGGUGUACAAAAAAGUCUAGUGGAAGAUCAAUGUUCAUCACCAGACUGCACAGCCAGUAUUCUUCAAGAUUAUUUCAAUGCAACAUCAACCAUGGCAAGUGAAUGUGAAUUGACCUAUUCAAGUUUCUCAGAUUACCAACUUGACAUUUACACAACACUAAGAAAUUGUCGAACUGCCUAUGACAUGAUCGAUUGUGAUAAUGACACAAUGUGUGCACCAUAUAUAUGUGAUUAUUAUACAAGACAAUGUCAAGUACCACCAGAAAUACAAGAUAAUCAAUUUUUUAAUUGUGUAAUGAAUGGAUUAAGUCCAAAAGUAUUAUAUUAUCUUCAAUCAAGAUAUAAUAUUGCUUAUGAAAUCAAUACUCCUCAAUUUAAUCAAGAAUUGUUUAGCAAUUUUGUUGAUAAUGAUUGCACUAGUAGUACAGGUGGCCUACUUUAUCGAAAAUACUACAAAUGGAUAACAAACUCUGAUGUUUGUUACCCAGCCACCAGGUGUUAUGAUGCCAGUUGUUUAACAGUCUCUGAUGUUUGUUACCAACUGGAAACGGGAUUCAGUUUUGUAGAAACCGAUUUUGUCGACCUAUGUCCCGAGAUUGGUGUGUGCUCUGAUCAAUCAUGUCAACAUAACACUCAUAACAGCACCUGUCACACAGAUUGCUUGGCUCGACCAAAUUUCUGUGGGUAUUGCAGAAACAACAACUCUGUUUGCUACAGUAUUAGACAACUUGAUGAAGCACAGUGUAAUGCAACUGACACUAUAUGUGCCGUCUCUGGACAAUACGGAAUUGGAUAUACCGACGAGGAGUGUAAAAGUAUUGGAAUUUGUUCUUCAUACUGUGGAUACCAGUGUUCUGGUGUAUACACAGGAUGUGUUCUGCCAUUAGUUGAAACCCAAACCGACUGCUCGGCACAAAGUGGAGUGUGGUCUGCUUCCUAUUCAUUGUGUACCAGGCCAGAUGUAACGGCAAUCCAAACAUGUCAACUCAUUACCAAUGCAGUGUGGACCAACUGCUCAACCAAACCAGUAUCCGAGUGUUAUGCAAACUUUGGAUCGAUGAGUAUUUGCUCUGUGGCUCCCAUAAAUUGUCAAAACAAGCAAGAGUGUGAGAAUUAUGGAGCGUGUUCGGAUGAAUUCUAUUUCAAUCCUAUCAACACCCCCAACUACCCAGUUCUUUAUGGCAAAUGUGUACGCGGACACGAUUAUUAUUCUGGAAUCAUGUGGCAACCAUCUUGUAACUAUCCAAACGAGCAUGAUUCUCCAAAAGGAUGUUUCAACUCUACUCCACAAGUCCUCACUGAACAAGCUUGUUUGGCACUCGGUCCUGAAUAUAAAUGGUGGGCUGCAACAAUUGGUAAAGAUGAAUGUCUUGCACAGAUGGGUUGUAAAAUCAUCGAUCAAUCACCUUAUAACCUCCCAAACAACUUUAGAUUCAAUGAAAUGAAUCAAACUGCUUGUGAAGCAUGUCGCGUCGACCAGAGUUAUCACGAAUGGACAAAUAUGUUUACUUGGAAACCCAACCACUGGAUUCCAGGUAUUCCAAUCAAACCUACUUGGAUGAAACCACAAUUCCAACAGUUGGGUUUCCUAAAACCAGUACUUGACAAUAUGUUAUUCUCAAAUGUCCUCGAUGAAGCUUACCAAACCCAUAUAUCCGAUCUGCUAAGAUCCUCUUCACUGUGUCGUAUGGAACGUAUUGAAGACAGUCUCCAUUCAAUUUCUUGCUCGUGUGGUGGACCUGGGGGAGCACAAUGUUUCACAAGUAGUUCUUUGGUUCUUGGUCAAAGUUAUCCAUGUUCAAAAGAAGAAUCUGAAUUUAAAUUCUCUUAUGGAAAAAUUAUGUUCUCUAAUUCUUCUGUACCACAAGCUUGUACCAAUGUAGUUGUCUCUCAACUCUCCAAAUUAUUAUUCAAGUCAUCACAAACCGAAUCAUUGUCUUCCAACUUUGUAUCUUACAAAAAGGUUGAUAGUUUUGCAAUCUAUAAUGACAAUGAUGCUGCUAUUGGUGUAUUGUUGACUGAUGGUGUCAAAUUACAUUCACCAGGUGUCGAUCUAUUCACAAUUUGCUAUUCGUCAGAGUCGGUCGAUCUUGAACAUUCUUCAUCCUAUCCAAUUCUCGAUAUUGCUGUUGAAAUUCAAGAAGAUGAAACAUCGUCCAAUCCACACCAUACAUCUCAAUCAAUGGUUAUUUUGAAUGUCAAUAUUUUCCAAACAACCGACCCAAUCACCCAAGAAAGUUAUUAUUGUUCAGAAAUACCAUCAAUUGCUGAAACAGCCACAUAUUUCCUUGUUUCUCGUGUUGAAGAUUAUCAAGAUUUAGAAAAGGAAUUAUUUGACAAGGAAGCAACUGGACUCUUAUACACAUUGGCAGCUAUAUUCCUUUUCAAUGCAGCAUGGGGUGCAUUACAAUUGAUUGUUUCAGCAUUCAAGAUUUACAAAAAGUUGGACGAACCAAGAUUAAUUCAUGCUCUAACCAUUUCAAUCACUAUAUUUAUGUUGAUUAGAGCAAUUUAUUUCUUUAUAUUACCAACUAAAAUGAUUAGUUCAGUUGGAGAUUAUAUUUUGGUUGUAUUACCUACGUUUAUCUAUUUCACAUGUUUUACGAUUAUCAUUGUCAUUUGGUAUAUGCUUGUAAAGGCAUACACUGGUUCAUUCUUUAAACGAAUUAGAUUGAUGAUUACAACGAUCAAUGGUGUUCUAUACGUGUUGUUUAUCAUCAUUGUAUUGGUAUUCCACUUUACACAAAAAGAAGAUAACAAUGGUGAUUGUGGUGGUCGUAUUCCAUUAGAACCAAGUACAACAACUCCACAAAGAGUCGUUUCAAUUGUUUAUGCAGUUGUACAAGCUGUUAUAUCAUUGAUUAUCGGUUCAGCAUUUGCAUACCUUGGUUUGACACUCUUCUUUAUGGUUCGAAAUAGAAAGGUUGCUUUGAGUGAAGAAAAGAGAGGUGAACAACAAAAGAAGGUGUCGAUGGUCACAUUGGUCUGUUCGAUUGGAUUUAUGCUUCAUUGUGUGUUUGUAUUGGUGUUGGUAGCUGCUGAACCAAGCAAUAUCGUAUUCACAUUUGUUGGUCUUUUAAUCACCGAAAUUGCACCAAUCUUUGCACUCUUGUAUGCUUACAAACAAGGAACUUUGUCGAGUAUUAAACAAGUCAUUGGAAUGAAGAAAUUAGGUUCCGCUUCAAGUUCGACCAAUUCUAAAACUCCUUCUUCAGGUUAA